CGACGUGACUUUGGUCACAAACAGCCGUUAUCCGACCCAAGCUGCAGUGUUUCCCUCCCCUCUAAGACUAAACAUUUUACACAUUUCAUUGAUCUUUAAACCUCAGACAAGAUGUCUUCCUUAGAAGUGGAGGCCGUUUCACUUGAUGAUCACCUCACGGUGAAUGGAAAACCUUUCCCACUGUACGGCGAGCUGAUCCGGGUGUCGCCAAUGCGUUAUGUGGUCCCUGCGAGAUUGGACGUCAACUUUAUCAAGUACAAGAUGCCCAUCUAUGAGGAUGAUCUUUGGAUUGUGACCCCACCCAAGUGCGGAACCACUUGGACGCAAGAGAUCGUUUGGCUUCUCCUGAACAACGUGGACCUGGAAGCGGCCCAGAUCAAUCAAUUCUACCGGAUUCCUUUCUUAGAGCUGGGCUCGAUUCGUGGACCUUCAAGUGAACCUUAUCAGAGCGAUUUGGAGCAGAAUGAGGAGAACUUACACCACUUUGAGGGCAACUCUUUCGAAUUUGCCCAAUCCCGACCGAGGCCCAGGAUCAUCAAGACCCAUUUGCCUUUGACCAUGUUGCCCGACAAGUUGUUGGACACAUGUAAAGUGAUUUUUGUGGCCAGGAAUGUCAAAGACAUGGCCGUCUCAUACUACUACCAUCACAAGCUGAUCCUCCCGGAAGAGUUUCCAUUCGAGGAGUUUGCCAAGGUGUUCAAGAAUGGGGCUAUAUUGCAGACCCCUAUGAUUCCAAUGGUUUUGGAGGCCUGGGAGAAACGGGCUCAUCCCAACAUGUGCUUCAAUACGUUUGAAGAGAUGAAGGCGGAUAUCGAUGGCGUUGUAGAGAAACUCUGCAUGUUUCUAGGUGUAAAAUUGUCCCAUGAGAACAAGGUCAAACUUCUUGAGGCAGUUAAAUUUGAGAGCUUGAAGAAGAACAAAUUCGUGAACAAACAGAAGGAGUUUGACAAGCAAGAUCCAUCCAAAGACAAGGUUUUCAUUCGGAAGGGAAUGAUCGGGGAUUGGAAGAACCACUUCAAUGAAAAGAUGAACGCCGAAUGGGAUCCCUGGAUCAGAGAGCAACUUCAAGAUUCGGAUUACAACAUGGUUUUUGAAUAGUUUACUACUCAUUGGUGUCUUGCAAAGUAGAAAUGUGAUUUGAAUUGUUUUUUUUCCUCUUUUUUAGACGUUAUCGGGAACAAUAAAUCUAUCAAGCAAAAGUUUGAAA